AUGGAUCUUGAUGGGGAUACUAAUGAUGAAACAUCAUCUGAUUCAUCAUCUGAUGAUGAAACAUCAUCUGAUGAUAUUGAUGGCUUGUUGUUUGAGACGUUUAAAGAUGUCACCGAAGGUGGAGUACAUGAAGGGCUAAAUGAAGACGCAAGGACAUUUUAUAAACUAGUUGAUGAUUCAAAUCAAGAGUUGUAUCCUGGCUGUGAAAAAUUCUCCUCAUUAUUAUUCACCAUUCGAAUGUAUUUGUUGAAAUGUCUCCAUGGAUGGAGCAAUGCAUCGUUCACUGCUCUCUUAGAGUUGUUGAAAGAGGCUAUGCCAGAAUUGAACAUCCCUGUCUCUUUCAAUAAAACAAAGUCUAUGAUAAAGGAUUUGGGCUUAGACUAUAAAAAGAUUCACGCAUGUCCCAACAAUUGCAUGCUGUUUUGGAAAGAGUACGGGGAAGAUGACUCGUGUCAUCUUUGUGGAGCAUCCAGGUGGAUUGAAUAUCCUGAAGUUGAUUGUGAUCCCGAAGAUUCUAAAAAACCUCAAAAGGUUCCUGCCAAAGUUCUAAGACAUUUUCCUCUAAUUCCAAGAUUGAAAAGACUUUUUAUGUGUUCAAAGACAGCUGACACAUUGAGGUGGCACGCAGAGGAGCGUUCAAGGGAUGGUAGGUUAAGGCACCCAGCUGAUGGCCAAGCAUGGAAAGACUUUGAUGCAACACAUCCAGAUUUUUCUCUUGAGACUCGUAACAUCCGGCUUGGGUUGGCAAGUGAUGGGUUUAAUCCAUUUAGGACUAUGAGUCUUUCACAUAGCACAUGGCCUGUUGUACUAAAAAUAUAUAAUUAUGUGCCAAAUUUGUGCUUGAAGGCAGAAAACUGUUUGAUGUCGUUACUUAUUCCUGGGCCACGUUCUCCUGGAAAUGCAAUUGAUGUGUAUAUGCAGCCACUUAUUGAGGAACUUAAGAUAUUGUGGGAUGUUGGUGUAGAAACAUAUGAUAUCUCAAAAAAUGAAUCAUUUCAGAUGCGUGCAGCUCUUUUGUGGACUGUGAAUGACUUCCCUGCAUAUGCUAUGCUAUCUGGUUGGAGUACUAAAGGGAAGUUUGCUUGCCCUGCUUGUAAUCAUAAAACUUCUUCAACUUACUUGAAACAUAGCAAGAAGAUGUGUUAUAUGGGUCAUCGAGUCUUUUUGGAUUCAAAUCAUGUAUGGAGGGCAAAUGCAGCUUCUUUUGAUGGAAAAACAGAAUAUAGGUCUCCACCCACCUUGUUGGGUUCAAAAAGGAUUUUAAAAGACUUGAAACACAUCCCCGAUGUAUUGGGGAAGGAAUAUAAGAAAAAAAGGCGUGGUCCGUGGAAGAAAAAAUCUAUCUUUUGGCAAUUGCCAUAUUGGAAGGAUAUUUCCUUGCGCCAUAAUUUAGAUGUUAUGCAUAUAGAGAAAAACAUUUGUGAUAAUAUAAUUGGUACUCUCUUAGAGAUUGAAGGGAAGAAAAAGGAUCAUGCGAAUGCUCGUUUGGACCUACAACACAUGAGGAUUAGAAAAAAUCUCCAUUUGAAGGCAACGAGUGAUGGUAAGAAAACUCAAAUCCCUAAAGCAUGUUUCUCCCUAACAAAGCAUGAGAAGUCUGUUUUUUGUGGUGUUUUAAAGACAACAAAACUUCCUGAUGGCCUUGCUUCUAAUAUUUCUCGAUGUGUUCAAGUUAAUGAAGGGAAAAUUUCUGGGUACAAGAGUCAUGAUGCUCAUAUUAUACUCCAUUACUUCUUGCAAGUAGCAAUAAGAGGGAUAACACCUAAUCAUGUUUCUAUACCUUUGAUUCGGCUUUGUUCCUUUUUUCGGUGUUUAUGCCAAAAGGUUAUAGAGGUGAAAACUUUGGAUAACUUGGAAGUAGAGAUUGCUGAAACACUUUGUCAAUUGGAGCGUAUCUUCCCUCCAAGUUUCUUUGACAUAAUGGUUCACUUACCAAUUCACCUUGCAAAUGAAGUCAGAUUGGGUGGACCGGUUCAAUUUCGAUGGAUGUAUUAUAUGGAAAGAUAUUUGGGUGAUUUAAAAUCUUUUGUUCGUAAUAGGAGUCGUCCGGAGGGUUCUAUUGCUGAAGCAUACUUGGUCAAAGAAUCUCUAACAUUCUGUUCAAGAUAUUUGUCUAGUGGUGUAGACACAAGGAUGAAUAGAGUGACACGAAAUAGUGAUGAUAUUCCUAGCAUAGGUCAUCCGAUUGGGGGAAAGAAACUAAUUUCUCUUGAUCAGAAGUUGCAAAACCAAGCUCAUGGUUACAUUUUAUUCAAUUGUGAUGAAGUGCAAGAAUACAUUAGAGAGCAUGAGCUUAAUGUUCACAAUCCUCGAAAAAGAAGUAAGUCUAGCAAAUCUAACAAUCAAAGAGAGGAUUUUAUUCAAUGGUUUGAAACACGUCUCAUGGAUGAGGAAGUCUCUGAUUGGUUGAAGGCAUUGUCUAGGGGACCAAAUGAUAUUGCUAAAAGGUAUUCUGGUUAUGUUGUUAAUGGUUACAGAUUUCAUACAACAAAACGCGAAGCAAGGCUUAAAACACAAAACAGUGGUGUGACAUUAGAAGCGGUAACUCAAGUUCUUAGAAAUGCAAAGGAUGAAAAUCCAAAAACGACUUGUUUGACUUACUAUGGGGCAGUAAAAGAUAUCAUUGAUAUCGAUUAUUAUGGUCACAAAAGUUAUGUAUUGUUUAAAUGUGAUUGGUUUGUGGCUGAAGUUGACAAAUAUGGGUCACCAUGUGUUUACUUUAACAAAAAAUGCUACAAAAAUGAUCCAUUUGUGUUGGCAUCUCAAGUUCAGCAAUGCUUCUUUAUUGAAGAUCCUUUUAAUAAAAAUAGACACUAUGUUUUGAAGGCAAUUCCAAGGGAAACAUGUGACAUGGGAGAAUGUUUGAGUUCAGAUGGCCAAGAUUAUAAUAUUUCAACAAAUCUUGAUGUAUCAAAGGAUGACUGUGAAGUUGAUUUGGUUAGGGAAGAUGUACCAGAUGAAAUCUUCGAAAUACCUUUGUCAGAACUUCACAAACAAGAAAAAAAUGAGAGUUUUGAAAGUGAUGACGAGUCUACUGAUGAUUCUAGUUAUAGUAGUUGUUAA